AGCCAAGAAACUGAGCUCUCACCAUCCUCCAGUAAGCCUCCCUUUGUAAACUUCAAGCAAACUAAGUUCCAUAUCACCUCUUCGAUUCUUCUAAAAAUCCCGGCGGGGUGGGGGAGCGGUGGGACAGGAGGGACACUUAAGCUGAUAGAAGGUGAAGCAGUCGAGUUGGAACGGAAAGAGCUCGUACUCGAGGUGGGGGGGGGGUUGGGGUGGGGAAGAGUGAUAUGCGUGGAGGGGCUACAACGUGUUCGGUGCACCAAACCCUAACAUCGGAGGCGGCUUCGGUGUUGAAGCAAUCUCUAGGGUUAGCAAGGAGGAGGGGCCAUGCACAGGUCACUCCCUUGCAUGUGGCCUUCACUCUGCUGAGCUCUAGGGCCAGCGACCUUCUCCGGAGGGCCUGCCUCAAGUCGCAGCGGCAGCUCCAGGGCUCUCAUCCCCUUCAGUGUCGGGCCCUCGAGCUCUGCUUCAAUGUGGCCCUCAAUAGGCUUCCGACGAUCACGGCUUCGCCACCUUCCGGGCCGUUCCUUCAUGCUCAGCAGCCCUCUCUCUCGAACGCUCUGGUGGCGGCCCUUAAGAGAGCGCAGGCUCAUCAAAGAAGGGGUUGCAUCGAGCAACAACAACAGCAACAGCAGAAUCAGCCUCUUCUUGCUGCUAAGGUGGAAUUGGAGCAACUUGUGCUGUCAAUCCUAGAUGACCCGAGUGUGAGUCGUGUUAUGAGAGAGGCCGGUUUCUCAAGCACGGCGGUUAAGACAAACAUCGAGGACUCUCUGUCGUCCUCCCCAGUGUUUCAAUUACCAUCCAUCAACGGGAGUUGCGGGGUCUUCUCCUCGCCGCCUUCACCCACAAGAGAAGCCCACCAUCACCACCAGCUCACCUCCUUCUGGCCUCCCCAUUUCUUCAACCACUCCCAUGAGCAAAACCCACUUUUCUCUUCCCUCUCUCCUCAACAAAAGCAUAGCUCUCCAACAGACCAUCACCAUCAUAGUUAUCGCCAUAGCUCGUCCUCCGUGAAGGAAGAUGUUAAGCUGGUCAUGGAGGUUAUGCUGAGGAAGAAGAGGAGCAACACCAUGAUAGUCGGGGACUCCCUCUCGACCACCGAGGGGCUUGUCAUGGAGCUCAAGGAGAGGCUCGGGAGAGGAGAGGUCCCGCCGGAGCUGAAACCAGUCAGCUUCAUCAAGUUCCAGCUCCAGGUGGAGGCUCUCAAGUUCAUGAAGAGAGAUGAUGUGGAGAUAAAAUAUCUUUCGGAUGUUCGACGAAAAGUGGAGCAGUCUUUAGGGGCCAUCAUCUAUGUGGGCGAUCUCAAGUGGGCUGUCCAUGAUGAUGAGACUAUCAGCGUUGCAGUGGAUCAUCUUGUUAAGGAGAUUGGAAAGCUCAUUUCGGAUAAUGACCAUGGGAUAAGUGGGAGCCCAUCGAGUCCUAGGGUUUGGGUGUUGGGGACUGCAAGCUUCCAGACAUACAUGAAGUGCCAGAUGAAGUUCCAGCCUCCUCUUGACCUUCAGUGGGGCCUCCAGGCGGUUUCCGUCCCUUCUGGUGGGCUCGGCCUGAGCCUCCACGGUCCAAGCUUGAAUGAGCCAAGAAAUCCAUUCCAGAAUAAGUCCCCAUCAUCUGCUAAAGAAGAGCAAUUAGCUGACAAGCAGCUCAUCAACUGCUGUGGAGAAUGCACCUCCAACUAUGAGAAGGAAGCUGGACUAUGCAAAUCUGCUGCCCACAAACUCUUGCCCUCCUGGUUGCAGCCUCUCGGGACUGACCAGCAUCACGAGGAAGAGCUGGUGGAGCUGAGAAAGAAGUGGAGCAGACUUUGCCAAACCCUUCACCAGGGAAAGCACAUGACACAGAACAACUGGGAGAAUGCCACAUUCUACGUCACCAGCAAUCAGAUCAGUCCCGUGUCAACGAAGCCAUACUCUUACUGGUGCUCUGGCCCGAAUGCUAGCUUAUUUCCGGAAAACAAUUCGAUCUCCUUCACAAAUUCAACCUCGAAGCCUGCCAGCUCAAUCCCUCGGUUCAGGAGACAGAACUCGUGCACUAUCGAGUUCGACAUCAACAGCAGGAGGAACGAUGUCCCCCAGCUGGUCCUUGAGCCGAACUUGAGUUCACUUAGGAAGACUGAGGGCAGAGAGGUGAAGAUCACUCUGGCUCUAGGAAAUGAUUCUGAUUCGCUCGAGAGAACGAUCCGGAGAGGCGAGAUGUGUCGAGUGAUUAAGGAUUAUAUCCCUUGGCAGAGUGAAAAUGUUCCUGGAAUAGUUGAAGCUCUGAUGGAUUCUGGAUCGAUGAAGAAGGAGACAUGGCUUCUGAUCCAGGGGAAUGAUAGGAUCGGGAAAAUAAGGCUUGCAAGUGCGAUAGGGGAAUCGGUUUUUGGGUCACCCCAUUCAGUCCUCCACCUCAACAUGAGGGCGAGAAAUAGCAAGGGGACACAUCCGUUCGAUCAGGUGCUUGUUAGGGCUAUGGGAAGCCUGCAAAAUCUUGUUGUCCUGGUGGAGGAUGUUGAAUAUGCUGAUAGCCGAUUCAUGAAGCUACUGAUCGAUAGGUUCGAGGCUGGGAAGUCCACAGAGUCAGGAAAUCAAGAGAGCAGUGGUGGGCAGCUCCUGUUCAUGCUGACAAAAGGCGAUCCAACAGGAUACGAAGCUGGAGAGAACAACCCGAAAUCGGUAAUUCAGAUGGUCCUGAAAGUGAAUGAAAGGGGCUACGCGGCAAGCCCCGAUAACAAGAGGAAAGCCGAAGAGGACUUCUUGAAUAAGAUCAAGAGCCCAAGAAUCAGCGAGAAGCUGGAAAGUCCUUUCUUGGGCAAGAAAGACUUCUCAAGGCAAUCGAGCUUCAACAGCCUCGACCUGAACAUCAGGGCCGAGGAUCAGGAACCGCUGGAAAUCGAAGCCAAGCCCGAGGACUUGAGCCCGAUCUCAAGCGACCUGACCAGGGAGAACACGGGCGAGAUCCAGAGCCCCAGGGAGCUCCUCGAGUCGAUCGAGAACCAGUUCACCUUCAACAGGAGUCCCGCGCGGGACAGGGAGAUGAGGGAGUUCGUGGCGUCGAGGAUCAAAGGAUCAUUCGACGAGGUGAUCAACAAUAAGGUAAAGGGGGGAAAGGUUAGUUUGGGUAUAGAACAUAGGGUGUUAGAGGAGGUGUUAGGAGGUGGGGGGGAUUCUUUUAUUCACAACGUGUUCGAGAAGUGGCUUAGGGACAUUUUUCAGACAUGUUUGGAGAGGGAGAAAAUUAACUGGGGGGAUGGUAUAAGUGUUAGAUUGUGCCUAGAAUCAGAACCAAAACAGGACGGGGACUUCGGGGAAUCAUACGGGUUUAUGAGUACAAAUCUACCCAAGAAAGUUUUCGUUUCUUAGUGCGUGCGCGACCCCUGUGCGUGGAAGAUGGUCGCAAUGUCGUCUGUAAUGAUGUAACCUCUAAGCUUAUAAUAGGUUCUGUUUGCUUAUCUU